UCCGAGUUAUUCACAUCAAAGAACCCUCUUCAAUAAUGGACGGCUUACCUAGGGAUCUCUUGGACAAGAUUCUCUUCAGGGUAGAUCUGAGAUCUCUCUCGAUGAUGCGUUGCACACAUAGAACCCUCGAAACCCAUAUAAACGACCCGUAUUUUGAAUCUGAAUACUCUUCUAGGGUCGGAUCCGAUUUGCUUCAUAUCUCUGCGUAUGGCUCAUGUUAUCUCUCCUACAACCCUAACGGCGAUUCUAGGUCACUCAAAAUCAAAGAUACCUUAAGGGAUAGCCAUAUCUUGGCAUCUUGCUCUGGCCUUCUUCUACUCGUCAUUGAUAAUCUUCUGUGCGUCUUGAAUCCACUUACCAAGAAGUUUCAGUUCUUUACUCAGUCUAGGUUCAUGCGUUUCACUCCUGGGGUACUUUGCAGUGAAAAUAAAAGGCACAUCGGGUUCGCUGUUGAUCAAGUUGAUCGAACCACCCAGAGUUUCAAAGUCGUCCACAUGAUCGAUAUGGGAAGAACGUAUAAGUUUGAGAUCAACGGUGGACACUCAUGGAGACGUUUGGAAACUACGCUUACUUGCGACUCAAGUCUGAUGAAACCCCCUGUUUACGUAGACGGGUCUCUUCACUGGCUGAGAAACGACGGUAGCAUUGUGACUUUCAGUCUCGAAACGGAAGAAGCACGACUUAUCCCGGUUAAAUUCCCCCCGGGACUGACUUUAAAAACACUCUUUGCUGCUGGCGAUAAUGGCAUAACUUUGAUAUCGGCAACUGAGGAAGUCAUUUACUUUUAUGCCCUUAAGAAUAUCCUCAGUGAUCAACGACCCAAGUGGGUCCUCGUGAAGCAGAUCCACAACGGAGUGAUGGACAAAAAGAAAAUUUAUUAUUGGAACGUUGUGGCUUACAACGGCAAGUGUUUAGUGUUGAGUGAGUGUAGUAGAGAUCUCAACCGAGUGGUUCAUGUGUACCACUUGAGUGCUAACAAGUGGGUAAACAUGGGUUCGGUUCCGGGAUGGUGCGACGCGAAUCAGGAUUUUUUUCAGUUUACACGGUCUGUGUUUUCUGUAGUGGGACAAGAAAAAAUAUCGGCUUGGGGUAAUAGAUGGAUAUCCUCUCUAAGCUCGAUUAUAGAACUGAUCGAUGGAAGCUCAUCAGAAAAAGUUGGAAAUCACCUUAGGAAAAGAUCGGCCGAACACAACUUUUUGUAUGAGCAAAGUACCAACAGGAAAAGAAGAGUGGUUUAAACAAAUUCGAACCAAAGUGAGGAACAUGUUGUGUCUUUUUAGGUAAUUUGAUUAAUGAACAUGGU